CCCUGUCAACAUAGUCGACUGUGUCUGUGCCGUAAAGUUCAUUCAAGCCCUCGGAGCCCGCGAGAGCCCAAAUGUUGGAAGAUCUUCUUUGGUGAGAGGUAACAAGGAGUUUACCUGCAGGGCGGAUGGACCUUUGAUGUGGAUGUAGGUGCUGUCACUUUAAAGAAACCCUCAACCCCGGAGACUCCGUUCUGUUUGGGUUUUGCUGUCUGCUUUGUUUGGCUGUGAAGUUCUGGAAAGAGUCGAGAGGUGGAGAUCUGGAUUACAGGAGGUCCUGAGCUUAAUUCUGACCUUUCUGGUUGUUUGGACACGUGGACUCGGGGAAUAGUGUCCACAAUGUCCAGUGAAGGUGAUGCUGGAGGUCAACCUUCCACAACAACAAUCAGUACUGUGGCUGUGCAGGCUGGAGAUUCACAGAUUGUUGUAGCUGUGCUAAAGUGUGGAGAAUUGCUGCAACUACAGUUGACUGAAGCACAACCCAACCUCCUGGAGAUCGGAAACAACAAGGAUGAGUCCGAAAAACUUUUACAGGAACACGAGCAGCUUCUAACCAAACUGAAGAAACAUGAAGAAGGAGUGUUGGCUCUGUUGGAGAAGGCUGAUAAAACAGCGAAGGAAAAGCCGGGAGAGGAGGCGGUGUAUGAGGCCAUGGCUGUCUCUCUCAGUGAGGCUUGGAAGACACUGGUGACCCAUCUUGAGAAAAGGAGAUCUCUGCUGAUAUUGGCUUGCCAUUUUUUUGAAUGUGCACUGGAGUUUGCCAUCAAGAUCGAUGAAGCUGAGGACUGUCAGAGUGUUGAUCAAGGGCUGACGGCAGCAGACAACAGGAAUGAAAUGCUUCAGAGAUACAGUACUAUUAGAAAAGGAAUGCUGGAGAAGUCAAUGCUGGUAUUGAAUAAAAGUCGUGAGCUGCUGGAGUUUAUAAAGGACUUUCGAUCUGAACAAGCCAUGCGGUAUGGUAAAGCUUCUCAUGGGGCCUGGAACAGCGCUCGAAAGGUUGAAGGUUUAAUGGAGAUUCUGCAGGAUAGGCGCAGACAAGUGGAUCUUCAUAUGAGACAACAACAGCAUGAGCGGGACAUGAUCUAUCACAUUUGCCAAUGGGAGCAACAGGAAGAGGAAGUAACAAGGUGGUUUAACGAAAAGAUGGCUUUGUUCCUGGAAAACAAUCAGCUGGGUUCAUCCCUGUCAGAAAAUGAGGACUUAUUUCAGGAAUACAAAGAGUUUGAACAGAAAGUCAAGGACUGGGGUGUGCUGGUUGAAAAGCUACUACAGGAAGCAUCUGAACUGCUUUCCAUAAAUAAUUGCUCGGACCUUGAGCGUUUGUCUGAGAAGAGUGAGAAACUAAAAGCCUCGCAUCGGCGGAUCUUCAGUCUGAUGAUAACUCGUCUGUCUGAUCUACAGGAGAGCAAUGCCUUUUACAGGAGUGCUAAUAAAGCAUUUGAAGUGUUGGGAGGCAUAGAGGUUGCCAUUAAGGAGUUGAAGACUAAAUCUCUGCCAUUACCCGAGCUAGCCAAGAAACACGAAGAGUUUUCACGCAGUAUAAAAGAAGCGUCCACAGAGCCUUUUCAGAGAGGUCAGGGGUUACUUCAGAAACUCAACCCACAAAGUGUUGGAGGACUGCAGAGGAUGCUGGGAUACAUCAAAGAAAGAGUGGAUGUGCUGAACCAAGAGUGCCACGCACACAGGAAGCUAACAGACACAAGACAGCAGGUGAUGUCAUCAUUUGAAGAUGUUGUAGAUAAGGUCUCUACUUGGAUCAAAAAAAGCCACAGUGUUCUCUCGGCUAAUACAGAACCUGGUUCAACUUUACCUGAGGCUGAGGACAUCCUUAACAAACAUGUUGAGCUUCUCUCACAGUCUCAGGAUGUGAUAAGAGAAUCCGAGCCUAUUGCUGGUUUUAUAAAAGAGCUACGAGGGCUGGAAUCCACCGAGACAGCCGAGUUGUCCAACAAAGCCUCGCUUUUGGCAGAGGAGAUGAAAACGCUGGUCAGGAACAUUUCAUUACACGUUGAGAGUCUCAGACCGUAUGUGGAUUUCUUGCGCUGUGCUGAUGAGGUUGAGGAACGCAUUAGGACUUUGCAGGAAUGCUACAAGAACAAGCCAGAAGAAGAGGAGGAAAAUGAAGGUGCAGGAGCAUCCAUGAAGGACAUGCUGGAUGUAAAGUGGCAGACGCUGCUGCAGAGGUUUUUUACCAUGCAGGACCUGGGUAACAACUUCAUCAACUCUUCUAACAUGGUCAGUGGCAACCUGAAUCUGAACGUUAAAGAAGCAGGACAUGUUGUAGAGAAAUAUAUGGAGGCCCUGAGCAAGAAAAAAUCUGAGUUGUCUGACUUGUGGACAUCUUGGCAACUUCAUUAUAGUCAGAUCAAAUCUGUGAAAAAGCAGUGGAAAAGAUUCAAGGAUCAGGUCAAAAAGGUUCUUCAUGAUUUAAGGUCAAUGGAGGAGAUCUUUGCUCCAGCAUCAAAAGUUGAUUUGGGGGGUGAUGCUCACACUGUGUCUAAACUACAGGAGAACUUCAACUCGGCAAAGCCUCAGUUCCUUCAACUAAAUGCAGAAGUGGAAUUCCUGGUUAAGACCUCGGAGCUGCUUGCAUUAAAAGGAAUACCGAUCAAAGAGAAGAAUGAGAAAGUUUCUGAGCUCCUGCAAUUGCAUCAGCGUGUCAGAGAUAAGAUGAGAGAGUAUGAAACCGUUCUUAGCAUGGCUGUCAAAUUUCAUCAGCUUUAUCAAGAGCUGGAUACUGUAUUAAAAGCCGAACCAGUGGCUGUGUUUAAUGACACCAUCCAGGCCAGAACUCAACUGAUUCAACAUCAGGAGCGACAAAAGCACGUUCAGCAUCUGUACACGCUCGCUCUCUCACUGGGUGCUGACAUCACCAACACUGUACAGCAGUCGCGCCUGCUGGUGUUGUCAGUAGAGCGGUUAUAUGAGAAGCUAGAAAAGUUGGAAAGAGGAAGCACUAACUGGAUCACAGAGGCAAACAAGUGUGAAGAGAGUUUAAUGAGCAACGUCCACUGCUGCAUCUAUAAAGAAGAGAUCAGUGAGCUGAGGGAGUCCUUUAAGGAUCUCAAAAAGAAAAUCAACAAUUUGAAAUUCAACUACAUUAAGAAAAAUGAAAAGUUAAGAAAUCUAAAGGCUGUGAAAAAUCAGAUCCAGCAAAUUGAGAUAUACAUAGAAAAGCUGCAGGUUUUAAAGAAGAAGCUUCAAGCCUUUACUCAGAAGGUAUCCAGCAGCUGUGAGAAGCAUUUAAUUGGCAACAGUCUCAGAGAGAUAGAAGCUAACUCAAAUGAGCUGCAGAGACAGGUGGGCGACUUUGACAGGACGGUGGAGGAAUAUAAACAGAACCUGGAAAUGAAUGUCAAGCUCCAGCAGGCUUUAGAAGAGUAUAAUUUCUGGUGUGAUGAAGCGAGCUCCACAAUUGUACGCGUGGGUAAAUAUUCAUCCCAGUGUAAGACUAAGGAAGCGGUCAGCAGUCUUUACAAACAGUUUGAAAAGUUUAUUUUGCCCACAAUACCACAGCAAGAGGAGAGGAUAAGACAGAUCACAGAGCUGGCGGUGCGGUUACACGGUGCUGAUGAAGGAAAAAAAUAUAUGGAGAAAACGAUUAACAAGCAUCAUGAGAUGGUGGAAUCAGUAAAAGAACUGUCGAAUGGGCUGUUGGACCUCGAGGCCAAACUACAGUUAGAAACCCUGAAACAACCUUCGACACCUGAGGACAACAACAAACGGGACACUAUUGAUACACCUGAGCAAAAAGAAAGUGGACACACCCCUGAGAUGACCGGACCACACUGCACUAAAGAAAUACCCAUCGACAAGAAACAUCAGCUGCGCAAAACCAGAAGCCAUGAUUUGCCUGACAAACUUCAUUCAGAGCAUCAGAAGGUGUCAGAGAACAGUUUUUACAAAGAAGAAGCGUUCUCCAAAACAAGCAAGGUGGAGACCAUUACAAGUAAAUCUACUGAGAAAAGAGAGGAGAUGCACACCUCCUUUAUUCAUAUGCACACCAUUAGCGUGAGCCAUUCCCCUGCUGAGCGAGAUAAGAGGAGGUGCACGCUUCAGCAAACCAAGAGGGACUCGCAAGAAACCCCACCUCCCCCUCCACCCCCACGAGAUCAAGGCAUAUCACGACCAGGCAUCCAAAAGGAGUUUCAGGGUACAGAUAAACACAGGAUUAACUCUGAUGAGAAGUAUCAGGGCUUUAGUAAACCUCUUCUGUCAGAUUUAAAGAAUCUGGGUCAUCACUCUCUAGAAGAGGAUUUUUUGCCACAUGGAACACCAGAACCAUCGGGUCCAGCAGGAAGCGUGCCUGACGGUGACUUCCAUCCUGAACUUCUCACAGAGGAAUCGCUCUCCAAUGAUGAAUAUGAAUGCACCUCACCGGACGACAUCUCCCUGCCUCCGUUAUCAGAGACCCCAGAAUCCAACAUUAUUCAGUCUGAAAAUGACCUAGAUGAUGGCUAUUGCGUGAGCUCUCACAGCCUUCGCAUUAACCAGCACAGUCAUCAGUCCCAUACCCAACACGGGGACACCCUUCACCAGAAGCGAGACUGGAUGUCCAGCCAGGCCGAGAGCAACCCAUCUCCCACUACUGGUUCGGGUGCUCGGUUCAGAGCAGAAUCGUCGUCUUUUGUUCAAAGCCCCCUUUCGGUUCCCGCUCCAAGUCUCGUAUCAAACACCCUCACCAGCAUAUUAAAGAGCAAAUUGGGCAACCCACCAGCCAGCCAUACUGAAUGCCAUACAAUAGUGCAUGAGAGUCAUUCAGAAAUGCAACAGUGUGUGCAUGAUUCGGGUAAACAGCCCAAUAACACGCAUGCUAACCCUACCACAUUAACCACAGAGUCGGACUCAGAUGUUUGCAAGCCCGCAGCCAUUCGAGAGGAGAUCAGGCGGGCACCAUCCGCAAAGGUCAUUGGUAACCUGGCAGCUGGCUCGGGCCCUAACUUCACCAAACCUUUGUCUAAUGCCACAGUAAUGGAGGGCUCUCCGGUGACCCUGGAAGUGGAAGUCACUGGAUUCCCUGAGCCUACAUUAACCUGGUUCAAGAAUGGACACACACUGGCCAAUGAUGAGCACAUACAACUGUCCAAUAAAGAUGGCAAGCAUGCUUUGUACAUUCAGAGCGCUGCAGUGACAGACUCUGGGCAGUAUGCGGUUACCGCCUCUAACUCAGCCGGUACCGUCCCCUCCAGUUCAAUGCUACAGGUGAAAGGUAACGACAGCCCUGACUUUGACCUUCUCAAACUGGAUUGGCACACCUGCUUUGGCACUUUGUGUUUCUUCUUGUGGCUGCUCUACCUGCUUUUGUUUUAACGGACACGGCCUUUAAUGUUAACAAGGAAAGCACCUGGAUGUGCAUUUCUCACCGUUUAGGGUUUCCUCACGUCACCUAACUACUGGUGCACAUUAUUAACUGUCUUUGGUAUGAAAGGUACAAGUGCUUUUUUACCAUUCGAAUUUGGCGAGCAAAAGGUCCAGAUGCAUUUUGACUUGAGGAAGGUACUGUUACAUGCUGUUCCUGGCCUUGACUACUUAGGCACAGUUUGAUUAACGUGCUCAUCUGGGUUGGUAAAAUGCCUGUAGUGAUGUAGUGACUCAAUGUUCACCACACAAAAAUGGUACCAAGCUGUCACUGUAGUGGUACUCUUUCAAAAAGUACAGCAUUGUACCUAAAGAAUUCAUAUUAAUUCUUCAAAGAUACAUAUUGGUACCAAGGGUCGUAUCAUACCCACGGUGCAAUGCGUGACGCAAGUGUCUUUUGCUAGUUUCAACCCGGCGCAAUUAUAAUUUUCACGUUUAGUGCCACGUUGUUUAAAUAGCAAAUGCAUUUGCACCCAAUUUUGCCCUCAUGGGCGUUCUGGUCUGAAAACGAGGUGUGUUCAGGCGCAUUGUUGGCAAAUUGCUAUUUUGAGGCAACUAAAAUAGACGACAGCAUUGACGAACUAAAUAACACAAUUAUUUUACAUUAAUCUUAAACUGGGGAUCUUCUUCCUCUGCUUAGUUUUUCAGUUUACAAAGUCCGUCAUCUAAAAAGGGAUUAGACAUAGCGCCAGCGCAACGCAACUGGCUUUUAAAGGGGAUGAGAGCUGAGACUCUCAUUGGUCUAUUGCACGUUAUGCCAAAAACACACCCAUUACUCAUUACAAGAAUAGGAACAACCCUUUUCGAUUGUGCGUUUGGCGCACAAACCAUUUUUCCCAUCGUUACAUUAGCAAAAGUAGAAUUGGACAAGCCCGUUUAGACCGCGCGCUUAAGAUCAUGCGCUAAGAUCGGUAAAAUAGGGCCCCAAAUGUAUACAUAUUAGGACUUUCGGUACCCCUCUUUUACUGAAGUGGUGCGCUUUCAAAAUUGUACCUAAAGAAUUCAUAUUAUUCUUCAAAUGUACAUAUUGCUGCACCUUUUUAAAGGGUACUGCCCCAGUGACAGCUAAGGACCAUUUUCAACCAUUUCUUUCUGACAGUGAACUUAUAACGAAGUUGCAAAUUUUCAGUUGUUGGUUCUUAGUAGUUUGCUAAUUUCACAAAUAUUUGGAUGUGGAAGUGAAGACGAAAUUGUACAUCAACUCUUGCAUCACAUAGGUAACAAGUACUGCAAUGUAUUGGGGUACAUUCUUAUCCUGGUUUCAUAACAUCACAGAGAAAAAAAAUUAUCGUAAACAUGGCAAUUGGACAGAUUCAGAAUGGCAUGGUUUUGCAACAAGACAAUGGUUAAAAACGCCCUAUAAGAUACAUAAACCAAAGCACAGAAGCAAUAGGAUAUGGGUACCUGUAGUUGAUAUGAAGUAGCCUAUUUUUGUUGUUAUGUACUGUAGUGAAAUGUUAUGAAUUAUUUUCAACACCAUUUUGCUCAGACUGGAAUAUUUGUCCUCAUAAACAUUCAUUUGGCUGGUCCAUUUACCAUGAACUAGUAAAAGAAUAUUAAAAAAAUGGUGACCUGUUACAGGGCCUAAGACAUACAGUUUCUCUACUGUAUACUUUAUAUAAAAAAUUGUGUCAGCUACCCAAAUAUUUUUUGUUGUUGUUGAACACUGAAAUCAUAAUAUUUUGUUUGCAUGAAAAUUCAACAUUUAUUGAAUUAUUCUGUAUGUAUUCCUUUUUUAGUAUAUGUUUAUUAUAAGUGCAAAUUGAUCUUUCAUUUAUCUAACAAUGUGCACACAAUUAAUUGUUUAAUUAAUUAAGCCCUGGUUUUUGUUAUUUAAAUUUACAGUUCCAUACUAACAAGAUUUGACAAUUAAAAUGUUAUUUAUUUAUAAAGAGUUUAUAUGCGUUUUAACUGGUGUCACUUGUUUUUAUGUACAUUUCAUUAUAUGUAUAGAGUUGUACAUUAUCAAUAUAAAUGAGAACUACAUUCAUUGUUAAACACACACACUUAAAAAAUGCUGGGUAAUUUUUAACCCACCAUUGAGUUAAAUAACCGAGAAAAUUUUUAUAUUUGACCCAACGAUGGGUUUGUUGCAUUUUGGUUUGAAACAACCCUCAUAGGUUGUGUUUGUCCCUUUUUGACCCAACACCAGGUAAAAAAAAAACCAAA